AUGACUUGUUGCUUUUCAUGGUUUUGGCCUUCCAAACCACCAGAAAAUCUGAAUGCGCUGAGGCCACCAAAAGCGCUCCAAAAUGCUGCUAGGGAGCUUAAACCGGAGGACCGCCACUUUGACUGGGAUAGUCUUGUUGAGGAUGUCCAAUGCAGAAAAGAUUUCUGCAAUGUCAUAGCAGCUCAAGGUUUUGCAGUGCUUGCUAUUGGGUCGAGUCUACAAGAGAACAUCAGCCAGAUGAAUGGUCUGGCGGAGCAGUUCUUUUCACGACCACGGGAAGAAAGAUGUGCAGUCGGCCGCUUGCGACUCUACCGAAACAAGGUCAUUGGCUAUCGCGAAUUGGGCGGUGGAAGUGCCAGGUUUUUGGAGGUGCAUGCUUUGGCUGGCGGUGGAGCUAUACCAAACCCAAAGGUGCCUGGUUUGGUGAAGCUUGCCUGCGCACUGCAUCGUUCGUUUCAGGGCAUGGCGCGGCAGAUCCUUUCCUGGUUGGCGGAACAUCGGAAUUUACCACCUGAAGCUUUGCUCCAGUGCAUCGACACAGAGGCCUUGAACAACUUGGAGGAUGGUGACUGCAGUGCAUCGGUUCUAAGGCUCUGUAGCUAUGGCUUUGAAUCUGAGGCGGAACCGGAGACGACGGCGGAAGAGUCGGUUGUCUUUGAUGAGCACACGGAUUCAUCCUUCCUCACUCUGGCGGCUAUCGGAUCUUCUCCUGGGCUGCAAUUCAGAGAUCCCACAGAUCCAGAGAAGUGGCUGGAAGUGGAGUCGGGCUUGCCCCAGAGCAAGUUCGUGGUGGUCUUUGUGGGAGACUUCCUGGAGGUGCUAACAAAAGGUGCAUACGCGGCAGCUCCGCACAGGGUUUGCUGCAAUGAGGACGGCAGCGGUCGCAAACGACGCUUUAGUAUGCCUUACUUGAGACAUAAACUGAGAGAUGCAAACUUGGAGAAGUCGUUCCUGUCACCCUGUUGCCGCUCAGCUCAAGCGAAGAUGAACCCUUACAACUCGGGUUACCCGGGUGGCCCCGGUGCGCCAGGCGCUGGUCCAGGCGCCCCGGCCAGCAGCCCCUUUGGCGCCGGCGGCAAUGUGCGCAACACGCCCUUCGCAGGCGGUGCACCUGGGGGAUUCCCUGGCGCCAUGGGCCCCCCUGGAGGCAUGGCACCACCACCCAUGGGAGGCAUGCAGCCGCCACCUAUGGGUGCUCCACCCAUGGGAGGUCCAGGUGCUCCACCCAUGGGCGGCCCACCAAUGGGACCACCUGGUGGAGGGCCUCCACAGAUGGCGGCGCAGAGCAAUUUGCCGCCACCGCCCAUGAAGAGUGCGUCCCCUGCCUUUCCGGGCACGGGAAUGGGUGCCGCGGCCAACAAUGAGCCGCCCGCCGCCUUUGGGGCGGCUGCCAAUGUGCCUCGACAAACUCCCGGUGUGUACUCAAGUCCCAUGGACAACAGUAGCAUGCCAGGCGCUGCCAUGCCUGGGAUGCCUGGGAUGCCUGGGCAACAGCAGCAGAGUGGGCAGGAUGCGUAUUCAGCGCAGUUCUUGAAAGAUGUAGAUACCUUCAAUUCCCCAGCCCACUUUGUUCGCUGCUCGGUUUCACGACUGCCGAACUCCCUCAGUGCCAAGCAAAGGUUAAGCAUCCCUUUGGGUGUUGUUUUGCAACCCUUGGCACCGUUACCACCAGACAUAGAGCCGGUUCCAUCGGUGAACUUUGGCGUCGUUGGGACCAUUGUUCGGUGCAAGCAGUGCCGGACAUAUGUGAACCCCUUUGUGCAGUGGGAGGCAAAUGGGCGCCGUUGGAACUGCAAUCUUUGUGGCUUUUCCCAGUUGACACCGGACCCUUACUAUGCCAGUUUGGAUGAAUCAGGCAAGCGCAUGGAUCGAUUUCAGCGAGCUGAGCUACACAAAGGUGCAGUGGAAUACAUAGCUCCAGGAGAAUACAUGGUGAGGCCACCUCAACCACCAGUUUUCAUGUUUGUGAUCGAUGUGUCCUAUACCUCAGUGGUCACAGGGCUCUUGCAAACCGUGGUGACCAGCAUCGUUGAAGCCAUCCAGUCUGGAAAGAUUCCAGGGGGCCAAAGAGUACAGGUUGGAAUCAUCACCUUUGACACUUCUUUGCACUUCUACAACUUGAACUCCAAUCUCAGCCAGCCUCAAAUGCUAGUUGUCUCGGACUUGGAUGAUCUCUUUUUGCCCUUGCCAGAUGAUAUCCUGGUCCCACUGGCGGAAUCAGAGGCUGCCAUUGUGAACCUCUUGGAGUCUUUGCCAGGAACCUUCGGGGAGACCAAAGUCAAUGAAUCCUGUCUGGGCUCGGCAGUGCGUGGAGCAUUCAUGGCGAUGAAACACAUCGGUGGAAAGCUGCUGGUCUUUGGUGCUUGCAUCCCCUCGGUGGGCGAAUUGGCCUUGAAAUCCACCCGGGACAACCCCAGGCUCCUGGGAACAGAUCGGGAAGUAGAGUUGCUCCGGCCGGCAGGCAACGAUGGCUAUAAAGAGCUGGGAAAGGAGUUGACGCCGGCGCAGAUCUCCGUGGAGCUUUUCUUGGCUCCUCAAGCCUAUAUGGAUUUGGCCUCCAUCUGUCCACUGGCGAAGUUCACAGGUGGUGAUGUGCAUUACUAUCCGCAGUUCAACAUCAACACCUGCUUUGAGAAAUUCAAGUCAGAGUUGGUGCAUGUGCUCACGCGCUACAUGGGCUGGGAAGCCGUGAUGCGAAUUCGAGUCUCCAGAGGGUGGAAGAUCACCAAGUUCGAUGGACAUCUCUUCAUCCGUGGCCAAGAUCUCUUAGUGGUGCCCAACUGCCACCAGGAUCAGACCUUUGCCAUUCAGAUCGACAUGGAGGAGAAUGUGACCCCUGAUCCCGUGCUGUACGUUCAGAGCGCCCUGUUGUACACCAACAGCGAGGGUGAACGGCGCAUCAGGGUACAUACCUGGGCCGCCAUGACGACACCAAACUUCAACGACAUCAUUGGCUCCAUUGACGUGCAGGCGAGCGCCGUGAUGAUGUCGCACCAAGCGUUGGAUCAGUCGUUGAAGACCAACCAGACCGAUGGUCGGAACAAACUCAGCUCCUUCUGCCAGCAGGUGGUGCAGGCUGGCAACUUGUGCCCACAGAGUGAUGCCUUGCAAUUUUUGCCUCUGUACAUCAUGGGCAUGUUAAAAUCGGCCGCCUUCCGCGCCACCAACGACAUCUCGGCGGACUUGCGGACCUACAUCUGGAUGCGGCUGGAGACGAUGUCGGUGUCCCAGAGUGCGGCCUUCUUCAACCCCCGGUUGAUGGCCUUGCACAGUUCGCCAGAGGAAUGCCGGAUGCCCAAUGACCAUGGGCAGAUCCAGUUGCCAGAGAUGUUGAAUCUGACGAGUGAAUCCAUGACCCAGGAUGGUGUCUACUUGCUUGAGGAUGGUGAGUCGAUGUAUAUGUGGAUUGGCAGGGCAGUAGAUAGCAACUUCCUCCAGGCUGUUUUUGGUAUGGGAUCCUUUGACCAGCUCGACGUCUUGGCAGCUGAGAGUGUGGUGGGUACCAGAAAUGAUCCUUUGUCAGAAAAAGUGGGCAACAUUAUAAGACAAGUGCGCUCCGAGAGACCUACACCCUUCCUUCAGCUGCAGAUUAUGAGACAAGGGGAGCCAAAGGAGGCCAAGUUUUUCGCAGCCCUGAUUGAAGACAGGACUGUUGGAAUGCAGAGUACCUAUACCGAGUUUUUGCAGCGGAUGGGGUAUAGAUCCCCACAGGUACGAGGUCAGCCAAGUUCUGUGAUUGAUACCAGCAGCUUCAUUGACAAGGAGGAACAGUUGCCCUUGCUGCGCUUGGAAGGUGUCAAGUACUCCGACUUGCGGCAGUUCUUGGACUUAAAAGGCCCCUUUGGCCAAGACUUCGUCGAAAUUCGGGUCGGCAACGCUUUUGCGGCCAACGCCUGUUGGAAAGUGAGGAAAAUUCCACAGCGACAGAUGUUGGAGCACUGCCGCACGCUCUUCCGCAUUCGUCUGCUGCUGCUUGAGAGAGCUGUGCCCCUGGACCAGGAGGUGAGAGUCCUGAGUAUCCUGAGGCACGCUGCCUGCGAGCUCUCUGACGUGUACGAGCAGCACGGGACCCUUCGUGCCUCUGGCAGUGGAGGGGCAGCAGGAAGCGGGGAGUCUCCAUCCCUGGAAAGCUGGGUGAAGCCCAAGGAGCCGGCGGACCAAAAGCCAGGCCCCGAUAAGGAGGAGAAGAGAAAGAAAGAAUCGAAGAAGGCCAAGAAGGAGGAGUCAAAGGAUAAGAAAAGAAAAGCACCAGCAGCGGGAGCGGAAGGAGCUCCUGGGAAGAGAGAAGAAAAGGAGGAAGACAGGCGGUCAGAAGGAGAGGUAAUCAGAGCUGCCAAGGCGGCACCUGCGGACGAGGCAGGAGAACGACGGGAAGAGGCCGAGGAAGGCCUUCAGGAGCACGUUGACCAGUACGUCAGCUCCAACCCUGAAAAGUUUGGGCUGGGCAGUCUCUCAGUCCGAGGUUCAGCUGCCCGGCAUUUCCAGGAGAGUGAGGCCAGAGGACGACAGCGUCCAGCAGAACCAGAAGGAGCAAUGGCGCCGAAGGCAGCCGCAAAAGGGAAAGCGCGCGCCCGAGCGAAGGCGAGGGUGACACCGCGCAGAUCGGGAGCUGCCGGAGGGGGCGCUCCUGGGGCAAAGAAACCUGCAUCGAGGAUGGCCCCUCCGAGCAAGCGGCCAGAGAAAAAAGAAGAGGAUGCCGGGCUCGAAGCCGAAGCCUUGAAGAGGUGGCAGAAGGGGUAUGCCGUGACCUUGCACCGGCUGGACCCUCGGGAGUUGGAGAAAGCUCCUGGGAUAGUUGUCAUCGAGGGGAGUUAUUACCAUCACCCCCUCCAGGUUGCUGGGAAAGUGACGGGGGUGGAGAUCUCUGGUGGCUCAACGAACUUGAAGCUGCGGCCAACAGGUACUACCAGCGAGGAGCUGUUGAAGUACCACACAGGGCAUUGGGGUACCGAGCUUCGGUGUCACCUAUGUCAUCAAGGUUGCAAUCGAGAGGAGGUCGCCGACGAUCUCGUUCACAUCCAGGUUGCACGCCCCUUGAAGGCCGCGGCAGAAGAAGAUCCUUGGGUCAAAAACCUGGAGGUGACAGAAGCUCCAGGAGUGGACGCAGACGUGGACGAGAUGGCGCUCUUGAGGGCGAGAGCGGCAGAGUUGGCGGGGGUUCCAGAGGCCCCUGGGAAAAGGAAAGCUCCAGAGGAGGGGCGCGGUCAAGGAUCAGAUCAAAAAGAGAAGAAGAGAAAGAAAAAGGAAAAGAAAGUAAAGAAGAAGAAGAAGAGAAGAGACAGCAGCAAGAGCAGAGCAGAGACCUCAGGCGAGGAGGAAAGGAUGGAUGGCACGCGUCCCCGCCUGGCCAACCAGAAAGAGGUAAAGGCACUUUUCCAGGGAACAGGCCUGGACCCCAGAGACAAGAUACGAAACCGGGUGGUGAGGAGAGCAAGAAAACACCUGAGGAGGCGGUCAGAGAGAAGCUCCUCGAGCGAUUCCGGGAGCGAGAGCAAGAGAAGCAGCUCCGAGGAUGGCGAGACGGCCGAAGAGAGCAUCUUCGAGACCGCGUCCAAGGUGCGGGUGAUUGCGGAGCAUUUCCCCGGUGCCCUCACGGCACAAGCAAUGUCGCAGAUGAGAUCGACACUCCUCCAAGAGGUUGGGUUGGAGGAUCGCCCCAACACCUUGCACCCGGUGGCGGUAGCAUACCUUCGGCAGAACCUCCAGAAAAGGGCCUCUGGCCCCACUCUGCGGGAGCUGCUGACCCUGUCCCACUGCCUGGACAGCUUGGUGAGAGGGAAAGUGGCCUCGGCCACCGAUGUGAUCACACAACGGAUCAAAUCGAUAGAACAAAGUCUAUCGGGAAGCCACUGGUCGGUGUCCCAGAGACUCGAAGUUCUACCACCCGAUUCGGUGAUGCUUACAGCGGUGCCGGAAGCUGCUGCGGCACAAAAGGAGCUCUAUGCGGAGUCAAAGGCUCGGUACUACUCAGGGUUUCCCGAUGGACGCGCUGGCAAGGGAAACAAAGGGCAAGGCAGAGGAAAAGGAGAAGGGAAGGACAAGCCAGGACUGAAAUCUGAAAAGAUCAGAGAGGCUGCAGAGAAGCAGUCCCAAAUGGCGGGAGUAUGCACUCCUGGGAAGGAAAGUGAAUGCGCCAGCCUGUGGGAGAUCGGGCGAUAUGAGAGGGGGACGGAAAUGGCCCCUCAGCCCUGCUAUGAACUUGGCGCUGGGGCGCAGCAGCGGCACCCUCAAGGGCUGCCCUAUGAGCUGUCCUCGCAAUCAGUGCAUGGGCCUUCAGCGAAGUCUGGAGAAGGAAGAAUUCAACUUGGAGAAGGAGAGGCUGAUGGGCCGACCGGCUCUGCGAGCUUCGAACCGAUGCAGCGCGACUUUUGCAUCGGCAGAGUUCCGCUAGAGGAUGUCUGUAGCCUAGGGUGCAGGCACUAUGUCCUCAAUUUCGAUGACUACCUCAAGCCACCCUCUGAAUGGGCCCCAGUGCGUGCUCCGAGAGUCAUGGUGGAGGACUCUUCGUGGGAGGCAGUCUGCACUGGAUUGGUGUCCACGGGGGUAUGUUGUUGGCUGGAGGAAUCAGAAGUCUUUCACGUGGGUGACGCGCCCCUCCUCAAUGGCCUCUUCGGAGUGUCCAAGGAGGAGUGGACCUCUGAUGGAACGGAGGUUUUUAGGUUAAUCAUGAAUCUUAUUCCUCUGAAUGCGCUGUGUUUACCGUUGUCUGGAGACGUGGAUACUCUACCAUCUUGGGGUAGCAUGAGCCCUUUCUUUCUGCAACCAAGUGAACACUUGCUUAUCAGCUCUGAGGAUGUGAAGUGUUUUUUCUACACUAUGAAAGUGCCACUGACAUGGAGAAAAUUCUUGGCUUUCAACAAGGCUGUCCCUGAUGGGGUGCUGCCAGAGCACUUGCGGGGAAAGAGGGUCUUUUUGGCAUCCACUGUUUUGCCGAUGGGGUUUUUAAACAGUGUGAGCCUCGCACAGCACGUGCACCGCAAUCUUGUGGCCUGGAGCAGGGAACACCAACCUGAUCUAGCCGGGGAGCAAAAUGCCCCUGAACAAGAGCUGCGGAAAGACCGAGCCUUCAGCACGGGGAAACCCAAUUGGAGAGUUUAUCUGGACAAUUACGACCUCCUGGAGCGGGUCGAGGCAACUAUGAUGACUGACCUGGAGGGCACUACAGCGCCGGGUGUGCUGGCACUUCGCCAUGAAUAUGAGCGCUGGGAUGUCCCCCGGAACGUCAAGAAGGCCGUGGAAAGGUCGCUUCGUUGUGAAAUGCAAGGUGCAACUAUUGAUGGUCAGGUGGGUGUUGCCCUCCCACGCGAGGAAAAGCUGGGCAAGUAUUUGUCUCUGGCUCUCCAGUUGUGUCAGGCUCCACGUGCUAGUCAGCGACAGUGGCAGGUGUUGCGUUUCCUGGGGAUGUUUCCCCUGGCGAAGCUUGACUUCAGGCUGGAUGUACACCCUGUGGUUACUUGCAGUGACGCUUCGACUUCAGGCGGGGGAAUAUGCGCAUCGUCGGGCACCACCGUGGUGGGUCGCUCCAUCGCGCAGGGGGGCUUGCGGGGUCAGUUCCCUGAACAAGUUACCUCUGGCGGGAUUUUGGCCAUCGGCUUGUUUGAUGGCAUCGGCGCAUUGCGGGUGGCGCUGGAGUUGCUGUCCGUCCCGGUUUUGGGUUAUGUCUCUGUGGAGCGGCAUGAACCAGCCCGGCGAGUGGUGGAGCGGCAUUAUCCGGGGGUGUUGCAUUACCCUGAUGUCACCUCAAUUGAGAGCGAACAAGUUCGACAAUGGAGCACUCGGUUUUCACAAACUACCCUGGUCCUGAUCGGCGCCGGCCCACCCUGCCAGGGUGUGAGUGGGUUAAAUGCUGACCGCCGCGGGGCCUUGAAAGACGAGCGUUCCUGUUUGUUCCAAGAAGUUCCUCGGAUCAGAGACGAAGUCAAGCGUUUCUUUGCGUGGUGCCCUGUGUUUGUCUUGAUGGAGUCUGUCGCGUCGAUGGAUCGAGGUGACUGGGAGAUCAUGAGUCAAGGGAUCGGUGAAGAACCUGUCCGGUGCGAUGCUGGCACUUUGACUUGGUGUCACCGACCGCGGUUGUAUUGGUGCAACUGGGAGCUGGUUGACAUGAGUGGUUACACCUUGACAGAAGGAACGGAUGGUGGUGUGCGGGAACUCUAUCUCGAAGGCAACCAGGAUUUGCGAGAGGUGAUUCGUGCGGGGUGGGUGAAAGUCGACCCUCAAAAGUCUUUCCCCACCUUUACUACGGCUCGGCCCCGGCCCACACCUGGACGAAAGCCGGCGGGAGUACAGCAAUGCUCCUUGGAGGAACUCAGCAGAUGGACCAAUGAUAAGUACAGGUUUCCGCCAUAUCAAUAUUGCACUAGCAAUUGUCUGGUUAACAAGCGCAACCUCGUUCGACUGCCAGACGUUGGUGAGCGUGAACUGAUGCUCGGUUUUCCUUUGAACUACACAGCCGGCUGCCUACCGAAGUCCAAGCAGAAGGGAGAAGAGUACAAUGACUGUAGACUUACCCUCCUGGGUAACACCUGGAGUGUUAUCGUCGUGAGCUGUUUGUUGAAUCAGUUAUUCGGCCGUUUGGGGCUUACGGCCUAUCGUUCCCCUCAGGAGAUCUUGAAUCUUUCACGCGCAGGGGCUUGCCCCACUGCUCAAGGUAGGCUGUUUCGUUUACCCUUGAACCCACCAGCAGGGCGAGGGGAGGAUGCCAGUCUUGAAUUGGCUAGGAAACUUGCCAACCUUAUUUCAGUCAAAGGUGAAGACAUUUUGCUAACCACCCCUACAAGCCAGAUGGGAAAGUUUGCUAGGCUGCGUGCAACUGUUCCGGCAAAAUGUUGGAGGUGGAAGAUUAUCGCGGGAUGGAAGUGGCGCCGUGGAGGUGACCAUAUCAAUGGUUUGGAGUUGCGGGCGAUCCUGACAGCGCUUCGGUGGAGGGUGGAACACGCGGGUCAUCACAGAGUUCGAUUGGUUCAUUUGACGGACAGCCUAGUCUGUCUUCACGCUUUGAGUCGAGGGCGUAGCAGCUCCCGAAAGCUCAGGUGCGCUCCAAAUUUCGUCAUGCCAAAGCGUAGAAUUCUUGAGGCACCGGAGGCCAGUGCACGAGCGAGACAGAGGAAGGAACUAGGAACUCUACAAGACCUGACCGUGCAACCCGCCACUCGAAAGCGCUAUCAGAAGGUUUGGCAAAUGACACACUCGCGGGUCUACAGGACCUACAGCCUAGCCUUCGGCAUCAUUUGCCGGGAGCCUGGCGAUGCCCCACCGCUGCCGGAUGAGCCGCCGCCGUUGCCGGAUGAGCCGCCACCAUUGCCGGAAGGGCUGCCCCCGGAGGUGGCGACCGAAGCCACAAGCUCUACCGCUCCGGUGGAGGAGCCCCCUGCGAAAAGCCAAGAGGCAGCCAGCCGAUUGUCAGGCAGUGCUGUAGCUGGUGGUCACACGCCAGAGAGUAUUGCAAGGUUGCCCCCCAAGCUUCGACAGCGGCUGGUGCAGAGAGGUAUCCUGAAGGAGGAAGAUGUGAACCUGGCUAUGAGUGCUGUGCAAGGUGCUGCAUCCAGUAUAUCCAGUCCUCCAGAUCCUCCAGCGACUCCAACAAACAUCACGGGAGCGGUGGUGAAAGCUGCGGCUCCAGCGCCGACAGCGCCGGCCGUGACCUCUGCAGCCGCUUCAUUGGCGUGGGCGCAAGCUGCCGCGGCGCGCGUGAAUGAGGACUUGGCGAGGAUAGCCAUGGCUAAGGCAGCAGCAGCGGUGACCAAGGCAGCCCAGCCCAAAGUCAUGGCUCCCAUGUCGGCGCCGGCCGUGCCCAAACAGCCGGUGCAGCAUCCUGGAGUGUCCCAGCAGGUCUAUUCGGCUGCACCGGUGAUUUGUAAGGAAGCGGUGCUCAAACGGCCGCCGGAAGAGGUGCUCGAGGUCAGUGAGGCCAAACGCUCAAAGAUGGAGGUCAGUAGUUCGCCAGCGGAAGUUCGCGCAGCCGCCGCGCGGGCUGAAGGACAGGAGGCGCCCGUGUGGGUCUACGAGACCAAGGAGGCCGUUGCAGCCUCCGCAGCCCCUCCCGUUGCCGUUGCAGCCGUUUCUACAGCUGCGGAGAGCCCACCAGAGGUGAAAGCACCUCCGCCUGCUCCAGAAGCAACUGGUCCACCUUUGCCUCCUGGUUGGGUGAGAGUGCCCCACGAGGGGGAUCACUACUACUGGAACACCCAGACGAAUGAGGUCAGUUGGGAACACCCUGCGGAACAGGCCCAAAAGCCCAAGGGGGAAAAGAAACCCAAGUUCACCGAGGAGCACAAGGUGUUGUGGACUGACAUUGGAAAGAUCAUAGGAAGACAGGGGAUGAACCUGAAGAUCAUCAAGGCAUCCAUAGGCUGCGACAUCCACAUCCCAAAGCAGGAUUCGGGUUCGCGAGAUGACAAGAAAGAUGGCAAAGGCAAGGGCAAGGACGGCAAGGGCAAGAAAGAUGCCAAGGGCAAGUCGAAAGGGAAACGAGAUGCAGAGGGGAACAAGAUCGGUCGGGGUAUUGGCGAUGGGAGUACCAAACUGGCAGACGACCAAUUCUGCACCGUGACCGUGACCGGAGACACUGCGCUCAAGGCCAAUGGUGGGAAACGCUGUAUCCAGAUCAUGCUUGGAUACGGUCGCAACGUUGAGAGAGCCCUGGCUGACCUCGGGGUGGAAGCCAAAAUGCCCAGCUUGGAGGAAAUGACGGAUGGCAAGUCCAAGCAAAAGAAGGAUGAAAUUGACCCCAUGGAUCCAGCUUCCUACAGCGACGCGUUCGGAGCCUACAACGAGCUGAUGUUUUGA